AUGGAUAACAACACAGAAGACAAUGGCGUUAACAUUGAUUACACGCAACCAAUAGAAAGAAUACUACACUAUGUUUCAUACGCUGCUAUAAUUGACACUGAUUUGUACGAAAGCCCAGAACCGGAGGCACAGGAAAGCGGUGUCCAAAGAGGACGACAACUCCAACAACAGUCACGACUGGUUGUAGUCUCCGGUCGUUCGCAACGUAUUGUCCAAAAUAUAUUGGACUUCGGGUUCGGCGGCGACCGGAAAGCCGACGACGAGUUUCGGACACUUCUGGACAAAGCCUUCAAAGGAAAGAGUCGUACGAAUGGCUCGAAUGGAGUGACGGAUAGAGAGGACGACGAGUUGUGGCGCGGAUUCGCUGUAUUCACGAGAACUACAGAUCGCAACGGAUUUCAACAGAUCUCGAGACGCAUUGCGAGACAAUCGGCACAAAACAAACCCAGCAUUUGGUUUAUGUUUACCGGUAUACGUCCAGGAAUUGCACGUUCAGUGCCGGCAUUGAUGACAAUCCCGGCAUUUAAGGCAUCGGUGGAGAUGUCGGCCAAACUCCUGUCCCCUCUGGGCGUCGACGCCAUCGAGUGUUUAACCGAAACAAUGGAUUGGAUGACAGCAUUGAGUAACAAAUACUUUCAUCGCGUGGUUAUCGCAACGUCUGUGCAUCACUUGGCAUUCGUCGACGCACUGAACGCCAUUGGGAUCACUCCCGACGGCUAUUUAGGCGGAUCUCUGGGGGAACUCAUGUGCUUAUAUAUGGAUGGUCUGUGCGAUCGACGCCAAUGUCUGGCCAUUUGUCGCGCGUUUUGCCCGCCGGUCGGUCCGCACCCGUUGUGGACAUUAUACGCAACGAACGCGUGGCACGAGAUUCAGAGCCAUUGCAUGGAUAAGACCGACAUAUAUGUGUCCGCGCAUUUCUCGGAUAUUAAUAUGGCCGCAAUCGGUACUGAAGUGGCCAUUCGUGAGCUGCGCAAAGUGUUGGCUGACAACAAAGCCCUGGCCGUCCGCCCAAAACAUGACUUUGUUCACGCGGGCAAUAAUUUAACACCUGAUAUGGGCCAAGCGCUACUAGACCAAUUUACCAAGGUGGUGCCCGAGCGCACUUACUCUAAGCCCAGCGGUCGUUGGCUCUCCACAUCACAGCCCACUCUCCUUAUGGCUAACACCGGCGGCACUGAUUCUGGUUUCUCUGCGGCCGAGAGUUUUGCCAAUACUGUGUUAUCUCCCGUAUUGGUUAAGGAGGCCGUCGAUCGCUUGCCCGCCGACGCACUGGUCGUUAAUAUUGCCACGACGUCUGGUUUACGAGACGACGCUCUAAGCGGUCGACCGCAGGAACUGUACGUCAAAGAGUCGGAGUCGAGUCCGGAGUCGGUGUUUGGUAUCAAUCAUUUGUUCCGUGAGAUCGGACUCGUGUUUACGGCCGGACACUGGCCUCGGGUUCACAAUUUAAUGAACUAUUAG